ACAUCUUAUUUAGUAAAUCUUUUAUUUCGAAAUAGCUGGCGGAAGUUGACGUAGCUUGGGAAGCGCUCAACGUCGGCUUGUUAGAGUCGGCGAUUCUUAAGGGAAAAAAAAGCAUUUUACAUUUGACACUUUGCUGCUUCCGACGGUUUUCAAAUGACAUUCGGGACAAUUGGGGAAGUUUUCUGACCCGCCAGGAGUGAGCAAGGAUUCCCGGGGUCCGAGGACGACUAGUCCUCAAAUAUGCAUACUUUGGACAACUGGUCCUCCAGGACCACCCUCGUUGGUCAACUGGUCCUUGGUCAUCAUGCUGUCCCGCCCCCCGCCAGGAGUGACUCCGUCUCCUGCGCUCCUAUUGGCUGACAAAGAUGUGGAUGGAGCCACACAAACACGUAUGUGUGUGUGUGUUUGAGAGAGAGACCCAAUGGAGUGAUACAGCUCCUCCUCAUGCCCUUCAUCACCACCACCACCACCAUCACCACCAUCAUCACCAUCCCGGUCCACAGCUCAGCUGCCCUUGCUCGUCCCUGUUGCCCCGCCUCCUGUCGGCCCACAGGAUGGAGGUGCGGCGCCUCCUGCGGGGGGCGCUGGUGUCGCUCGGGCGGCGAGUGGACGCGCUGGAAAGGACGGGCGGCAGGAGGAGGAGGAGGAGGAGGAACGACGGGAGCCCGAGGACGAUGGCGGUAGAUGGAGCCAAAGGUAACGCUACGGACGCAUCCUCUUCCUGUCGCUGGUCUUCGUUUGCACUCGAAGGCCCGCCUCUUCGGACUGGCUGCGGCCAAUCGGAGCAAAGGAACGGAGAGGAGGGGAGGGGUGUCAAGAGGAUGAGGAAGAGCCACGGAGGAGGAGAAGAAGAAGCGGAAGAUGAGGACCGCGGGAGGUUCGUCGGCCGCAUGGCCGUCUGCCGGACGGGUGGCGGAGCUACCGACCGCGCGCCCCUGACGCUCUUCAACUUUGACCCCAGAAGACGGACGGAAGGCGGCCACUCUGUGAAGGCCAUCGGCGUUGUCGUCAGGCAGAACGGCUACAGCUCCUCCUGCCAGACCGCUUUUGACUUCCUGCGAGCCUUCAGCAGCCAAUCACAGGCCUGGUCCGCCGCCCGCUGCCAAUGGCGCUUUUCCGACUUCACGCCCCCUCCCCCGUCCCCGCGCGCCGACGGCGGCUCUCGACUCGGUGCCGCGCCCGUGCUGCGGCUGUCCGUGGUCGCCGUGGCGACCAUGGCCGCGCCGAGGGGGGAGACCGGCUGGAAUCCCCGGCGGCCGCUGAGAGACCGGACGGCCCCGCCCGGUCUCGGCCUCGAUCACUGUUACAUCCAAGCAGCUGAUCUCAGGCAGCGAUGGACUAGGAGACGAGCCAAUCACGGUGCUCGGAAGCGCCUCCUCGCCCCGCCUCUCCCGCCGUGCUCUGCCGACGUCGUCUCGCCUCUGCUCCCGACCGCCCAAUCGGAAGCUGGCUCCAAGGAGAAAGCCAAGCGCGUUUCGCAGAUCCGAAUCCGCCGAGCGUGCCCACGCGAGACGCCACUCACGCCAAUGGGGCUGCCCAAGGUCAAAAGGUUGAAGAAGAAGGAGUUCAGUGUGGAGGAGAUUUACACCAACAAGAACUACAAAUAUCCCAGCAACAACAGGAGUCUGGAGACCAUCUUUGAGGAGCCUCAGGAGAAGGGUGGAUCCUUGCUUCUGAUUGGCCAGCAGAGGCGGCGCAGGCUCCUCCUCUUUCCCGACUUCACUCAGCCCAGGAAAAGGAAAAGACCGCUAGGUGUCGGACUUCCUGUCGCCGCGGUGCCAAGAAAGCGCGCCGUCCGGCGUCAGCAGCGCGCGGGGGUCGGCGGCGCCGACGAGCGCUCGGACCUGGACGUGAUGCUGGUGGAGAGGCUGAGCGCGCUGGAAGACUUCCUGACUCGUCAGGGCUUGGACGUGUGAUGUCACUUCCUGUCUUAUGGGUCUAGUUCUUAAUAAAUUGAAACGUGUCUAUUUUUGGAACCCAUCAAGUUUGCUCGUGUGGUCUCAAAAGUGCUGACAAAGGCCUCGAGUACGUGUAUCGAGUACGCUUCGUAAUAAUAAUAAUUCAUUUAAUUUGUAGGCGCCAUGCAAGUUCACCGUACAAAUGUAGUUUAAAACAUAACAGAACAUAAAAUGUCAAUUAAAGCUGCAAAUGUUAUGGUUUGGAUUUGAAGAGCGUUCCAAAGACGGGUAGAGCGGCCGAAGGCGGAAGAGGUCAGCGUGGUCUGGCGGAGCUGGGGCAGUAUUGGACAGGAGAGCGGCGUUUGGGGACGCGGCACGUUUUCCGGUGACCUGUGGGAGCCCAAACGGGAAAGAGUCGCAAUAAUGCAGGCUGAGGGGAGGAAGGCGGCCAUUGACGUGUCUCGAGUGGAGAAGAAGAAUCACUUUUUAUUGUCAUGAACGUGCAUGCAUGCGCACGAAAUUUGUUCUCUGCAUUUAUGUGCGAAUCUCGCUCACACACAAACACACACAUCGCAAUGUCAGAAUUUUGCACAUUCACUUUCUAUUUUGUUAUUUUCUUGAUGUGAUGAAAACAAAUUAAAAAAGUUACUCACAAUUGACUCAGUA